GCCGCCGCGGUGCUGCCGGUGCCGCGCUCCGCACGGAGCGGUUGCGGACGGGCGACGCGUCCCCGUCUGCCCCCACCGCACACUGCCCGCCGGAGAGGCGGGGUGGCUGCGGCGGGGGACGGGGCACAGGCUCGGCUAAAAUCAGCCCUCGCCUAAUAAAGCGAUGGGGCCCGGUGCCCGCGCCCUAUAAAUACGCUCGGUGCGCGACCAGCGGGCUUUGGCCGGCGCGGCUCGGCUCGGCUCUGCAGGCGGGCGGUGCAGACAGCGCAGCAGGGCCGCCACUGCCGCCGCCUCCGCUGCCAGGGCAGCCCCGCACCCCAGCGAGAUGCCCCGGGUAGACGCAGACCUCAAACUGGACUUUAAAGAUGUCCUGGUCAGACCUAAAAGGAGCAGCCUCAAAAGCAGAGCAGAGGUUGACCUUACGCGCACCUUCACCUUCCGUAACUCCAAGCAGACAUACACAGGAAUUCCCAUUAUAGUGGCAAACAUGGACACUGUGGGGACAUUUGAAAUGGCUGUGGUUAUGGCAAAACAUGCAAUGUUCACUGCAAUUCACAAGCAUUAUUCUCUGGAAGAAUGGAAACUGUUUGCUGCCAAUCACCCAGAAUGCCUUGAGCAUGUAGCAGCAAGCUCAGGUAGUGGACAAAAUGAUUUGAAAAAAUUAACAAGUAUUCUAGAGGCCAUUCCAGCUAUCAAAUACAUCUGCCUAGAUGUGGCAAAUGGCUAUUCAGAGCAUUUUGUGGAGUUUGUGAAGUCCGUCCGUGCCCUGUUCCCACAUCACACCAUUAUGGCAGGCAAUGUGGUGACCGGAGAGAUGGUAGAAGAACUUAUUAUUUCUGGAGCAGAUAUUAUUAAAGUGGGUAUUGGACCAGGUUCUGUGUGUACCACUCGAAUUAAGACAGGGGUGGGCUAUCCACAGCUAAGUGCUGUUAUUGAGUGUGCAGACUCAGCACAUGGCUUGAAAGGACAUAUCAUCUCUGACGGAGGAUGCAGCUGCCCAGGAGAUGUCGCCAAAGCGUUUGGAGCUGGUGCUGACUUCGUCAUGAUUGGAGGAAUGUUUGCAGGCCAUGACCAGAGUGCUGGAGACAUUAUAGAAAGGAAUGGCAAGAAGGUGAAACUAUUCUACGGAAUGAGCUCUGAUACAGCCAUGAAGAAGCAUGCAGGAGGAGUUGCUGAAUACAGGGCUUCAGAGGGCAAGACUGUGGAGGUACCAUACAAAGGGGAUGUGGAACACACCAUCCUGGACAUCCUCGGCGGGCUGCGCUCCACCUGCACCUAUGUGGGAGCUGCCAAACUCAAGGAACUGAGCAAGAGGACGACGUUUAUCCGGGUCACCCAGCAGCACAAUGAGGUCUUCUCCUAGCCGAGGCCUGGGGGCCUGGAGAGAGGGCUGGGGGAGAAGAGCAGGAAGGGCUGCUCUUUGCUUUCUCCUCCAUGUUGUGUUAGUGGCUAACUUCCCUCUCUCUCUCUCAGAAUGGCAAUGUUAUAGCCAUUGGCUAUGGCUGGGAUUUGGAAGGGGAAGGUCAUGCACAUUAACACAGUGCCAUCAGAAUUCAAUAGCCUCAUAUUUUAUCGUUGUGCCUAUUUUAUUUUUUAAUCAUUUCUUCACUUGUUUUUUUGCCCCCUCUGAUAAAUAGCUGCUGAAACCUCAGUUAACAAGGAAUUGGCUUGUACAGACAUGGCUGUUAACGCCUGCACACAUUCACACAUUCCCUUUUCUAAGACUGACCUGUCAGCUACCACCAUUUUCUGGCAGUGCACCUUUCAGAAAUUGCAGGCUGGGAGAAAAAAAGAUGCAAGGAAUUGCAUGGAGAAAUAAAAAAACCCUCAAAUUCUCUUCAUCUUUUCUCUGACUAAAGAAUGGAUGUUAUGGCACAGCUGCCAGCCUGCAAAAUGUCAGAGGUGGAUGGUAGAUGAGGCCUGGCUGCUGGUGAUAUGUGAUGCUAAAAAUGCAAGAUCUCUGUCGCUUUCAGUUCACAGGGCUGAUGUUCUUACUUGAACCUCCCUGUUCAAUGGACUUAUCCCUUCAGAGAAGUGGGCACUGAAUGUAGCAAAACCAUGCUGGCCCCCCUGCCCCCAUGUGAGGAGAUCAUUCAGGUGAUCACUUUUCAGAGCUUGCCUGCUUUAUCAUAAGUGCAGUUAUUGAAUUACCUGGGUUUCCUGCUUUUACCUGUUCUCUGGGAACAGAUUUUUAAGACAUUGAAACUCAGCAACUGUAACGCUGACAAGAGGGGAUGAUUCUUUGUAGCCCUCCCUGUUCCCUUGCCUGCUCAAACCCAUUUAGCAAAGAUGUAAAAAUGCUGUGCAUUGUCUGUGGCUAGGUGGAGAAGGUCAGAGGGAUUGAAUUGCCUUCUGGUUAUGUGGUACCACUCCUUUGCAGUCUUUGACAUCAUGUAAAGCAAGAGAGAGCUUUUGGCAGAACAGCCUGGUUGAUUGCAAGACACUGUCAGGCUGAGAUAGAGUUAAAGCACUUGCUCUAAAGGUUUGAGACUCUGGGUAACACCUCAGUAAAGUAUAAUGGCCUGAUAAUUAAUUGAUAAAUCACAAUGAAAAUUUCUUUGGAAAUACAUGUUGCAUUCACAUGAAUACCACAGUAGCUUGAUAUGAUAAAUUAUAUAAAAGUGAGCACCAGUGAAUUAAUAAUCCUUGGCCACUUACUUUAAACUGUUGAGAUCAUAAUGCAGCUAAUGUUACUUCAGUACUUCAGACUCUUACUUUCCCCUCCUGUAGACAUCUGUGGAAAGAGGCCAAGCUUCCUUUGAAAAGCAAAAAAGUGAUCUGUAGGAAAAGGAAUAGCAAAGAGAAACUCUAGAAUUAAACUCAUAUGCUGGACUACUCAAGAAGCCCAGUCACAAGGACUGGUACAAUUGGCCAUGCUGAGAAGCAAAUUCAGGCCACAAGCUGAUCCCUGGUGAUUUUUAAGUGUGUUGUGCACAUUAGAAAAAGCACAGGGUAUCUUCUAAAUUGCCUGGUAUUUUAAAUGUCUUCCAUUUAACAUGUAGGAUGUACUUUUUAAUUGUGGGAUGACCUCUUCCUCUGCUUUGGAAGAGGAUGAGGGCCUUGAUGUGAGCACAGGUUGUGCUUGUGCUGGCUGCAAGGACCAUUUGUCUUGCCCACAUAUCAUAAAGGAAUGCAGAAGAGAAGCAGGCCCUGUGAAUCCAGGCCCUGAUCUCUGUUCCCUCCAGCCUGGAAGCAUCAUGUUAAGAGAAUGCCAGGCUUCUUUACCAUAGAAAGGUGCCACGGGCCACCCACCUACUGCUCUCAGCUGCACUAGGCACAGAGCAGGGGCAGUGUGACCUCUCUGCAUCAGUACAGCUGUGGGACAAUGCUGUUCCUCUGUUUACAUGAUGUAAAGGGGAAGCAAAUGGACAUCUCUGUCAGGAGUGGGGUUGGACCACCAUGGCCCAGGCCUGACCACAGGCAUGUCUCCACACUGGUGCCUUUACAUGUGGGAAUUGCAGCACUCUGCUGGUCUCAUGCCCACUCUCACUAGCGCUUUUCUACUUUUUUUAGCUACAUUUCUAAGUGGAAUUUAAGAAAUACAUAUGCAUAUAAGAAAAAAUAUAUAUUUGUAAACAUUUUUUUAAAAGAUCAUGCACACACCAAACCAAGCAGCUUCAUGAUGGCCUCAAAACAGUUUCUUUUCCGAAGGGCAGGUGCUGGGGGCAAUGGGAGGCUGCCUCUCUACAAAUGUGGCAAACUCUUCCACCUCCUUUCCUUCCCCUCCUGCACAUACCUCUGAUCAGUGGCUAACACGAGAGGGACAGGCUAUUCUUAGGCUGUCCCCAGAAUUCUUCAGGCUGUGAAUGACAUUGAUGCCAUGAAUGGUGACUGAUAAAGUUUUGAUGUUACCUAUUUGGUUUUCUGAAUAGCAGGUCUUACCAUUUUUUUGAUAAGCAGCAUAUUUUCUUUUGUUUUCUCCUCUUCAAAAGUGAGCAGGAGAGAGAAAUGAGAUGCAGAAAGGCUGAACUGGUGGCACGUCUGCAUCUCACCCAGUUAUAUGUGAAUUUUGUUCAGGAAUAACCCUUAGCUAUGUCAGUGCUCGUCAUUGACAAUGUACAUGUGCAGCUCUUAGACAGGCUGGAAA